AUGGAGGUCCCCCGUUUCAAAGUCAUCGUCGUCGGAGGAUCCAUCGCAGGGCUGACCUUAGCACAUUGUUUGUAUAAAGCAGGUAUUGACUGCAUUGUUCUCGAGAAACGACAUGAAAUAGCACCCCAGGAGGGCGCUUCCGUUGCCAUCUUACCGAAUGGCGGACGAAUCCUGGCGCAGCUAGGGUUGUACGACGCGGUAGCAGGGCUCAUUGAGCCACUAUAUCUAUCUCACGUUCGUUACCCCGACGGAUUCUACUUUACCAGUGAUUAUCCAACCACACUCCAGCAGCGGUUUGGGUUUGGGCUGGCCUUUGUUGAACGACAGCAGCUAUUGCAGAUUCUAUACUCCUUUUUUCCUCAAAAAGCUAGCAUACACACGAACAAGGCCGUCGUGCGUCUCACACAACUGGAGGGAGGCGCUGUAGCAGUCUACACACAGGAUGGGAGCUGUUAUGCGGGUGAUAUGGUGGUUGGCGCCGACGGAAUCCACAGCUGUGUGCGGACGGAAAUGUGGCGGUUGGCUGAUCUGCGACGGCCAGGAUUAGUCACUAAGCAGGAGAAGAGUGGGUUGACUGCCGAGUAUGCCUGUAUCUUCGGUAUCUCGUCUACGAUCCCGGGCCUGAAGGUUGGCCAUCAGAUCACCAGCGUGGAUAAGGGAAGAUCAAUUAUUGUCGUUCCUGCGAGACACGGGCGCCUUUUUUGGUUCGUGGUGCUCAAGCUCGACACAGCCUACCGAUAUGAUAGCGCACCACGUUUCUCUCCUCCAGAUGCGGCCAAGUUAUGUGAGCAACUGAAAGACUUGCUUAUUACAGAGAAUAUCGAUUUUGGGCGAUUAUGGCUAGCACGUGAGACCUACUCCGUAACCCUUUUGGAGGAAAAUGUGUUCCAGACGUGGCACUUUGGGCGCAUAGUCUGUAUCGGGGAUAAUAUGCAUAAGAUGACACCCAAUCUUGGCCAAGGCGCAAACUGUGCUAUUGAAGAUGCGGCUGCCUUAGCGAAUGAAUUGCAUCGAGCUCUAGGGUGUGCGAGCCUCGACCACCAGCUCUCCGAUAUGGAAAUAGACGGCCUCCUUGACCGAUUCAGCAAGAUGCAAUUUGCCCGAGUGAGAAGGAUUUUUCAAGCAUCACGGAUUGUUGUCCGCAUGCAUACUAGUGAUAAUCCAUUAUACCGACUGGUUUUGCGAUAUUACGUGCCGUAUGCUGGAAAGAAACCGAUGGAAUUGAUGUUGAAAUUGCUGGCGGACGCAACUGCUCUCUGUUUCAUCCCGCUGCCUCAACGCUGCGGCGCCGGGUGGCCUAAGUUGACAUACGGAGGAAUGCAGCAGAAGAAUUUCAAAUGA